CCUUUACCAUCGCGUCGCGUCGUUAUUACAACUGCCAGUUGCCCUCCUCCUCGCCAUGGACGACGAAGACGAACUCCUAAUCUUACUAGCCAUCGGAGCUGCAUUAUAUAUCCGAAGUUUACAGCGUCGGCGUCAGCGAGAGCGCUAUCGAAGCACUCACCAAGGCGUUCCUCUGGAUAGAAUCCAAAAAGCCUACCCAUCUACCAAAAGCACCGAUACACGAAGACAGGUUUAUCAAUGGGUGGAAUCGGUAGAAGGCAGCCGGGGGCCUGUGGACGGCGAUAGGGUCUAUCCACUACAACAUCGUCUGGAUUUCUUGAAACAAAGAGAACACUUGAGCACCACAUAUCAAAAUUCACAGGAGACGGUCCACCAUGAAAGUAAAUAAUCAAUUGUGUUUUAAUUUGCUACCAUGCUCCAUCCAAAAGUUCUUACAAGCUUUAUGGCCCCAAUGCUCAACCCACCACUCCCCAAAGCUGUCCUCCACUUGAACGUCGACUUUGGAAAUCCGUUCAUCCCGCUUUAGGCCACAAAUGAAACAGGGUUUUGGAGCAGUAACAGCACCUUCUGCCGCAGUGGCUGUGCGCACUGGCAUCGUGCCACUGAUCUCAGGGACUAUUAUAUGCCCCGAGGUAUCUCGGAUGCUAGAAUUGGCAAUGGCAACAGCUGAACGGAGACGGCCCACCUGAUCUUGCCAUGUUCGAAUAAACUCGUUUGCCUCUCGGUCCUCGCGGCUUAUCUCAGCUUUGUCGACUCCUACAAGCUUCAUGCCACCCUUCCCUCCAGCCGCAGCGGGCCCAAUCUUCAUAGCCUGUGAUAAAUGUGUAUCGCGUUUCCAGCGGUACUUACGGCCAGCUAUAAUCCGUCCUGCAACGGUUGCCAGGAGAACAUCAGCUUUUAUGAAGUUGAUCGUUGAUGGGUCGGACAGGAUCCUGUUCUUGAGCGAAAAUGGCUGGCUUGACACAGGUCGAAAGAGGCUUGACUGCGAGAGAUCGAGGAGCUGGGGGAAUAUAGUCAGUAGCACGGAAGGCGGAGGGAUGUUGGUAGGCGGUGGGGCGCUUGGUGAAGAAGGUUGAUCUUCCUUUGGUUGGGUAUCUGCCACGUCCCAGGCCCACGGGUCUUCCUUUGAUGGCUGCACUGUUUCGUGGGUAGGCGCAACCUCGACUGCAUCCCAGUCCCAGGAAUUAUCGCCGGUAUGCUUCGAGGUGUUCUCUUUUACAAUUGGAGGAGGCGACUGUACGCCCUUGUUGGCCCUGCUUUCUCGUUGCAUAUCUGGUUUCCCAAACGAACCAUGGAAGGAUUCAGCACCUGUGCGAGGACGUGCCAGGUCCGAAGGCGAAGUUGUGUCUCGCUGCUUCUUGGCACCAGUACUGCCCCCGUUGAGGUCCAACCCUGCGAAUGGGAUAUCUUCCUGCAAUGAGGCUGAUUGUGGUAUCUCCGUGGCAAGAGAGGGGUUCAAUGGACGCGACUUGGAGGAUAAAGGUAGCGGGUCUUUAGCAUCAUUAAAUAUAGCUAAUGUAGAACUGUCGUUUGUAUAUCCACCUUGCCAUUGUUUCUGUGGUGGUGUAACCACAGUCUCAAAGUCUCCAAAGUCACCAUCGUCCGAGACGUUAUCGGCAUCAAAUAACACAUUUGGAUCUUUAGGCAAUACAGAUGCUGGCACAGAACUUGUGGAACUCGGCUUUGGAUUUGGCGGAUACUUGGUAUGGAAUCCUGCAGCGGACGACUGGGCUACGUUGGAUGUAUUGGGUAAGAAUCUGCCCUGUGGACUUGUCGUAACCCUCGCGGCGCCGUAUCUUGACUCGUCUGUCACUUGUCCAUGCCCCGACCCAAUGCUAUGCAUGCCACUGCCAAAUAGGUCUGUAGGUCCCUGUGUAUUGGUGCUUUUGACCGCCUCCGACUCAGCGAUUGGGCUCUCAAAAUCUCCCCAGGUAUCACCGUCAUCCUGUGCCUCUUGCCUGUUCGCCUCCCUAGAACCCCCCGCAUCGAAGCCGCUUAGCGUAUUGAAAUUCGAGAUGUCGGCCCUUUGGGAGCUGUAUUGGGCAUUGUGGGCGGGUUGCGCCGAAGAGGCAGGGUUCGAGCUAAAAAACGAUAAAUCAUUCAGGCCAGAGGAUGGCUUACUGCUGCCAUCACCUGAAUUUUUCGAACUACCCUUCUGUGGGGCUACAUAGUAUGAGUCGAACUCUGCAAGAAGAUCAGCAGACAUCGCUGGCUCCUUGCGAUGAAAGGAUGUGGAUGGUGUGGCGCCUCCAGUAUAGAUCUUCAAGGUCCGGAACGUUGCGGCUUCUCUUUUCGGGGUGGUGGGGUAAAUAGAGGCUGGAAACCUCAGUAGAAGGAACCUUCCAUUAAAUCGGGACUGUAAAGCCUUCCGCGGAGAAGUGGGGUAGUUUUUGGUCAAAUCUUGAGAUGUAAAUUGUCCAAGAUGUUGUUGAUAUUGGACCCUGGCAACGCCUAUCGCGGAAAGAUACCGUGCGCCAAAGUCAUCACGUCACGAAGCUCAUCAACGACCUCGGAAGCCUGAGCAACCUUGGGAGUUACCAGCCUCCCAGAGUUGCAGUAAUGAGGUCUUUGGAGGAAUCGAGGCAGAGGUGGCAAAAGACCACAGAGGGAGCCUCUAAAGUUGGUGGCCUCAAGAGCCUAGUUAAGGCCGACGCUGAUAGCAUAUGCGUAUCUGGCUUGCGCUCUGUUUGUUGGAAAGCUUUCUUAUUGUUUCAGAGUGUUGAUCGUAACACAUGGGCGGCGACCAGUGAGGACUCGAGGGCUGCGUACAGUGCGCUGAAAUCCCAUUUUCUGAGAUUAAUUGAGCGACCAGGCGAUCUUGAUUCUACUAUCGACCCUCUUAAUGAUGAUGAUAAUUCUCCCUGGAACACUCUCCGUAGAGACGAGCAACUUUGCGUCGAAAUCGCUCAGGAUGUCGAAAGAUGCAUGCCCGACGAGCCAUAUUUUCGACUGCCCGAGACCCAGAAAACACUUCUGCAAAUCCUGUUUAUAUACUGCAAAAUCAAUCAGGAUAUAGGAUAUCGGCAAGGUAUGCACGAACUUGCAGCACCAAUUUUAUUGGCUAUACAAAGAGAUGCACUGGCACCAAUGACCCCGGAGGAGUCAGUAUUGUCAGAUGAUGGUGACCGUUUAAUGUUCAAUACGCUGGAUGCAAGCUUCAUUGAGCAUGAUUCCUUUACGCUGUUUAACUUAAUUAUGAGGACAGCAAAGCCGUUUUACGAACUCGGUGAGCCUGAUAAGAGGCUCAACGCAGGGUCUACAUCCAGCUCUCAAUAUGGGUCGUCGCCAAUAGUUCAAAGGAGCAAGCAAAUACAUGAAGUACUGCUUGCCCAAGUCGAUCCUGAACUAGCUUCGCACUUGACUCGGAUAGAAAUAUUGCCUCAAAUCUUUAUCAUACGGUGGAUCAGGCUGAUUUUUGGCAGAGAGUUUCCGUUCGAGGACUUACUGGCGUUGUGGGAUAAGCUAUUUGCAGAAGACCCCGACCUAGAGCUUAUAGACAUGAUUUGUGUUUCGAAGCUACUAAGGAUUAGAUGGCAGUUGCUCGAUGCCGAUUAUUCUGUGGCGCUUACAUUACUGUUGAAAUACCCGCAUCCAACACCUCCUUGCGGUCCCCAAACCUUCGUCGAGGAUGCUAUUUACCUGAGAGAGAACCUCAAUGAACCUGCUGGGGCGAAACUUAUAAACAAAUAUACUGGACGAGCUCCACUUUCGCCAUCAUCACGCCCUGUGCCUGCUACUCCCGCUGGACGGGCAAAGCCGCAUCGUGCCGAGAGCCGAUUUUCGGCGCGUAAAUCGCCUCUGCCUUCACCUGCAAGGUUCUUGCAAGACCAAGGCGGCGUGGAGGCCCUUCUACAGGGGGCUGCCAAAGGUGUUUUCGACCGUGGAGAAAGGCUUGGGAUUAACCAGGUUGUGCGGGAUGCCGUUGAUGAGGUCAAGAGGAACAUGCAAGGGCUCUCACCGGGACCCGGGUCUCCCCGCAGGACCCCUCGUAACAAUGCACUGUCGGUGGAUGAGGUGGUAACAGAGACUGGGAAAUCACUGGCUGAUUUGGAGGUACGAAACAAGACGUUGGCAUUAUUACUAAAUGGGACAAUAGACGAGAUCCAGAAAGCAUCUGACUCGACUGAGGAUGCGUCAACCAAGUCGACAUCUGUCAAUAACGCGAUUGAAAAGCUUCGGUUCAUAAUGCUUCGCUUAGAGGACUCCAGCCUACCGCUAAAACCGGACACACCGCGUACUACAGCAGAUGCAGAAGAUACCAGAGCGAUUGAGCCUGAAGCAAAACCUCAAUCUCAAGCAAGCCAUAUAGCUAGUCCAAUUAGUCCACAGAAGGGUAUCGAAACAGCAAAUUCGCAGGUAGAAGCCCCUCCGCCAACUGCGGGGUCCUUCCCUACACUUGGCAGGACUAUUCCCAGGAGGCCAAGGAUUUCAGUCAGCCAGCCUUCGGAAGGUCUCGAGGCAGGACCAGGGAAGCCAGGGCAACCAGCAACUGGGAUUCCUACUCGGUCGACACUGGCUCAGUCGUCGUUCGCGUGGAUGCUGGGGCCAGACGAGCACUCGGCUACUUCAGACCAGUCCCCACCCAUGAAGAGCCCGUCGCCCUUUUUAUCAUCUGGUCGCAAGCCUGGUUCAAGCGCCGCCAGAGAGAGAAGCGCAUUUCUCUUCGGCGAUGAUGCUGACGAGGACGAUGUCAAUUCACCGGCGUCUCCUAAACGGGGUGGGAGCAAGGGUGACUUUGGCCUCGAGGCCAUGAAAAAGACCGACACGUGAUAAAAUGAUACACGAUUGAUAUUCACGGCGGGUGGAAUUUAGCUACUGAGCUUGGAACUAUGAAAUAGAAUAUACCGACUACAGCCCUUGUACAUGAUGUUGCACUGUACAAGUAGUCAUAUUCACAUGAGAGGCCAGACCUAUCUACACUGCAUAAAAACGUGAUUACGGCAUCCAAUAAUGGGGGCUUCAUGAUUAGGCGAUAGUGGCAGACAGCACUGUCAACACCGACUGGAGCAGCACAGAGUUACCCUUAUAGAAUUAUGUGAUGUGAAGUGAGCUGACGGGGGCCCUCUGACUCUUCAUAGUGGCUCACAACGCUUGGCCGUGGACAUUACCUGCAGGCUCCGGGGGCAAGCUCAUGCAGGGUGAUUCUUUUGGCAAGCGUGCAACGGCUAGUCUAUAGCUCAUACGGCAUUUCGAGCGGGAACAAGGGAAGCAAGCACCACCCAAUACAGCAAGAGCUCUUCCGCGUCGUUGCAUUGUGUGAAUAUCAUAGGGUAGAAGUGAAGCCAAACACCGGCCAGCAGCAACUAACAGCAGCCAACAGAAUCAACAGAGACAGAGCCUAGGAUCAACAAGAGUGUGGGAGAAUGAAUCACAGCCACAUAAAGGCACGAAUAUAGUAGUUACAGUAGUAAUUCCAGUAGUGUAGUGGUGAUCUGAGUAGUGUAU